AAAACAUUCAACAGGUAACAAAAUGGAUUAGAGAAAAUGCUCCAGAAAUAGCUGCCUUUGUCGUAAAGGCAAAGGAGAUCAUCUCAAUAUCUUCCACCAAUCCUGCUGAACUCCAAACCUCUCAAUUGCCUGAACGACGUCAGGUUGAACUACCAAGCUUUACGGAAUCGGAUCUCAGUAUCAUUGAAUUCAUCAAGUGUGCAAUCAGGAAGCCUUCGACUCAUCAAGUCAGUCCGUAUGAGGGCUUCGCUCCUACUAUCGUCAAACGAUUGGGUGUGUAUAAGAAGGAUAUCACGACAGAUGUCCUCUUCGACUUUCUUCGUGAUAUCGGCGUGUUACCACCCUGGCAAGACUAUAUCCUUCUGACCGAGGAAAAAGCAAUGGCAGAAGGGUCCAUCUCGUCCAAACCAAAUGAUGCAACCAUCAAAUACCAGUCAUUUGAGCUUGACGAUUUGAGGCACGACUGGGGCAAGCUCCCUGUCUACGUAAUUGAUGCAGAGGAUGCAGAAGAGUUGGACGAUGGAAUUUCUAUCGAGAAGUUGGGGGAUGGAACGGCAUGGAUUCAUGUACACGUUGCUGAUCCUACAUCAAAACUUUCACCUUCUGACCCGAUUGCUCUCGCAGCUGCCGCUCGAGGUAGCUCUCUUUAUGCACCACAGAUGACUUUCCCAAUGCUGCCCAAGGCUUUUUCAAUCUCGGAACAUAGUUUGGGGCGAAUGGACGAACGGAAUGGUCAAAAUGUCUUAACCUUCAGCACCCGAGUUGACGAGGACGGUAGCAUUCGAGAAUCGAGUGUUCGUGCAGGGAUUGUACGCAAUGUGCACGUUAUCACGUAUAACGAUGUUGAGAAUGGCUGGGGAGGAGUCGUUGGUUCAAUGCAGUGGCCAUUUGGUGAAUCUAUCGAAAUUCGCUCUCCUAGUCCGCUAUCUACAGAAGCAAAGUUGGAUCUAGAAGCUCUGAGGUCGGUAUCAAUGAGCCGUAUUCACCGACUUCAGUCAUCUGGGCGAUUUGGAUGGGGACUUAAUGGGGCUAGGCCAUACUUUGUGGAUAAAUCUUUACCAGAUCAGUAUCACCCACCUCAGCUGUGGCGAGGGUACCCCAAAAUUGUAUAUGGCGUAGAAUCUGGAGACCUUUCUCCAGCACGCAGAAUGGUAGCGGAGGCCAUGAUUCUCGCCGGCCUGGCAGCAGGCCGUUUCUGUUCCGAAAGGAGAAUCCCAGCCCUUUAUAGAACAGCGGAAAAGCCAUUGGGCUAUGAAAACCAAUCAAUAUCGAGUAUUACUCCCGUGGACGGUCGAAUACCCCUUGAUACUGCCCUAAAGUCGAACUUGGCGG